GGACUGCAUUGAACAUUAAACAUUGUGUGAUUCAACGGCAUCCUGAAAUUAUAAGCCUUUCAAUGCUAAUUGUCCACAAUUGCCAUUGAGCUGAUCAUAGACAUUGAUGUUGCGCAUAUUCCCACGUUUGGGUAGGACCAAUCUACUUAAGUAUCCGACCAUUUUACAACAUUCGCGCCUUCGAGAAAUCCAUUGUUCGCCAUGUUAUAAUAUACCUCAAGCCUCUAAAUCCCCAGAACCCAUAACACCUACCGAUGUGGAUCCCCCAGUCAAGCGAACGCGCCGGAAGGCUGUGACCUUAGGGGACAUCACAGGAGAGGAUGCUUUGGCAGUAGGACCAGUGAAGCGUAGACCUAGAAAGGUUGCGGAUGAUGUAAAGGUUGAUGCAAAGGACGAAUCAAUAGUUGAGCCCGUAAAGCGCAAAAGAGGUCGACCCAGAAAAGUGAAAGAGGUGGAGGUGGAGGUGAAGUCAGAAUUGGAACCAGUUCCCGCAGCGAAACCUGUACCAAAAUUGGAAGCAGAACAAGAACCAGAACUAGAACCAGAACCAGAAGCGGAAGAAGAGGCUGUAGUAAAUGAAGUGAACGAAAGCGAUUUCAUACAUAUUCCCUUGGACCUCAGAAAAUACAUGAGAGAUGCUCACAUGAAAGGGUCAAUCAUGGGGGACAGAACACGUUCGAAUAUCAUGAACGAAGCACUGUGUGAUGAUAUCUUGGAUCGCCUAAAACCAUCGCUUUUAAAGCAUGUUGGCUGCGACGUCAUCGAUAUAAAUCCAGGCAUAGGCAUGUGGUCGUCUAAAAUCCAUAAAAUCCUUAAACCUCGGACACAUCUCCUCAUGGAACCCGAUGCGAAGAAGUACAAUCCUUUCCUCCAACCUCUUCUUGAUGCAGAAGAUUCUACUUAUCAACACAUACCGAAAUCUGGAACGGUCUGGGAACAUCUAGGCCAAGUUACCACUCCGGAGUUCUUGCCCCAUCAGGUAAAACUUUCGCGAGAUGAUCCCAAGAUCAACGAACCGAACAAUACCCUCCUCGUGAUUGCGAAUCUUGCCCACCACCCCAGAAAGAGGUACCGCGGUUUUGAGUCCAUUUCACAAUUAGUCAUGUAUCAACUUCUUUCCGCAGCAAGAUCGCAUGCCUUAUUUCAUCAAUAUGGCCUCAUACGAAUGCUGGUAUGGAUACCAGAUGUAGAAAAAACUUCUUGGUUGGUACGUCAUGUCGCCCAAAUGCGUAAGAAUGCCGUGGAAGCACAAAUAACUACGGAAUAUAUUCAAGAGAUUGCAAGUUCAACUGUAGAUAACCACCGAUUUGUAAGAGACGCCGAGGUUGCAUUAGCAAAUUCGAUAGACGUUGUCAGUAAGAUGGAUACAAUGGGCAUAACGACACCCAAACAUAGGCAAGGCCCAAUGGAGUUCAAAGCCAGGCAGUCACUUGCUACAGGUGGGCACAAAGUAAAAAGCCAAGAUUUCGAUCGCUUCAAGAGAGGCUGGUUCGAUGAAUUUAAGGAUCUCCAGAAGCGAUUGGAUGAAGGGAAAUUAAGCAAAUAUACGACACCAGAAGGUGAGAAAGUCGAAAGUGCUGAAAAAGACAAACGAAAGAGGGAGAAAAGAAAUUAUACCGAAGAAUAUGCACGCUAUAUCUUCCUUAAAGCGAAGAAAAAAGUUAUCAACCAACAUGGAGAGCUGACACAGGAUCUUGUCAAUGACUACAACAACAUCAACCAGCUUCAUAGUAAGAUCUUGAAAGCUGUUUCGAAGUCCAAGGAUACAGAGAGUUUAAGAAAUAAACUGGACACAAUGAUAAAGAUGUAUGAAGACAAGAUUUCCCAGCUUCCUCUUGCUGCCCAAAAGAUCUACGGUGUCAGACUCGACGGUGCGCGCAUUGGUACACAAUUUGAGAAGAGGCCAAUGGAACCCCUCAAAGUAUAUCCGAAAGAAUUUAGACCUGCUUCUGAGUUGUGUCUUCUGGAUAUCCAGCCACAAGCUCUUUGGCCUAUCCUUCGUCAGAAUUACCCGGAGAACUAUGAUGUCUUCGAAUACAUAAUUGGUAAUAUGUACGCACAUCCGAUUGAUACAGUCUAUGAGUCUUUGGAAGGAUUAUGGCCCGGUGCCCUAGAGCAUAUAGCAGGCGAAUGUCCCUCUUUGACAGAUCCUUCGAAAGGAGGAGCAUUUGAUCUAAAGCAUUUGUCUGUAAGAUCCCUGACAACGGAAAUGUUGAGGGAGAUUGUGGAGGCAUGGAUGAGGUGGCCAUUCCGUCCGAGCCGAUUUGAAUUAAUGACCAAGAGUGGCAGUAUGGUACAUGAUCCAGAUAGUCCUGAUGAGGAUAUUCUGGAUGGCCCGUAAGUAUAGUGCUAUUCAGAAUUAAAAAAGAAUCAACAUAUCUAUAUGGCCAUUUCACUGUUUCUUUAGUAUCGAGUUUUGGUAUUGCUAGAUACCUCAUCUGAAUGCAGAAAAUGUAACGGAUACUAUCCGGACGCGCAUGCAAAGAACUGAUGAAACUGAAAUCAGGAAUACGAGAAAUACCGAGUUUGAUAACUUAAAACCA